GUUCCCCGCGCGCUAUAAAAGGAGCCGCCCUGGCCACAAACUCGCAGUGUGCUCGGCGGUCCCCCGGAUCUGUCUCUUGCUUCAACAGUGUUUGGACGGAACAGACCCAGGGACGCCCCUUGCUCCAGCCUCCGACUACCCUCCAACCUUUUUUCCAGUCGCAACCUUCGGACUCCGCCUCUCAGCUAUCUUCAGUCUCCGGGACCAGCCAACACCAUUUUUUGAGCUUAGCUCCUUAUUGCCGACCAGCCAUGAGCUCCCAGGUUCGUCAGAAUUAUUCCACCGAGGUGGAGGCCUUCGUCAACCGCCUGAUCAACAUGCAUCUGCAGGCCUCCUACACCUACCUCUCUCUGGGCUUCUAUUUCAACCGCGACGAUGUGGCUCUGGAGGGCGUGAGUCAUUUUUUUCGCGAAUUGGCCGAGGAGAAGCGCGAGGGUUCGGAGCGUCUCUUGAAAAUGCAAAACCAGCGCGGUGGCCGCGCCCUCUUCCAGGACGUGCAGAAACCAUCUCAAGAUGAGUGGGGUAAAACCCAGGACGCUAUGGAAGCCGCCCUUCACUUGGAGAAGGGACUGAACCAGGCUCUUGUGGAUCUGCAUGCGCUGGGUUCUGCCCGCGCAGACCCCCACCUCUGUGACUUCCUGGAGAACCACUUCCUGGAUGAGGAGGUGAAGCUCAUCAAGAAGAUGGGCGACCACCUGACCAACCUGCGCAGGCUCUCUGGUCAGGCUGGGCUGGGCGAGUACCUCUUCGAAAGGCUCACACUCAAGCACGACUAGGAAUCUCUGGAGCCCAGGGGCCUUGGAGGCGCUCCUCUGGUGCCUGGGCUUCUGCCGGAAGCCCCUUUCUGCAGCCACGAGGCACCAUUCUUAACCACCCUGGAGCCCUCUCCCAAGUCUUGGACCAAAUGGAAACAAUAAAAGCUUUUUGCAGCAGA